AUGUUUCUCGCACUUGUGGUGACGCCAGAGCUGAGGGAGUUCCUGGCCCGGGCGAGAGGUGGAGCGGUGCGCCUCAUCAAGGUGCGCAUCCAAGACGAGCAGCUGGUGCUGGGCGCCUUCAGAGAGCCGGAGAAGAGCUGGGAGCAGGACUAUGACCACUUCCUGCUUCCUCUCCUGGACGACCAGGAGCCCUGCUACAUCCUGUACCGCCUCGACUCCCAGAAUGCACUGGGCUACGAGUGGAUCUUCAUAUCCUGGUCUCCUGAUCAGUCUCCGGUGAAACAUAAGAUGUUGUACGCCGCCACUCGGGCCACAGUGAAGAAGGAGUUUGGCGGUGGUCAUCUGAAGUACGAGAUAUUCGGCACAGCUGAGGAGGACAUCUGUUUGCUGGGCUACCAGCGUCAUGUGUCGUCCUGCUCAGGUCCGGCCCCGCUCACACUAGCUGAGCAGGAGCUCCAGAGGAUAAAAAUCACAGAGGUGAAGACAGAGAUCAGCGUGGAGAGUAAGCACCAGACGCUCCAAGGCCUGGCUUUCCCCCUGCAGGAGACCGCCAAGAGAGCCCUGCAGCAGCUCGCCCAAAAACGCAUCAACUACAUUCAGCUGAGGCUGGAUGUAGAGAAGGAGACGAUCGAGCUGGUCCACUCCAACCCGACAGAAACUCGUGAUUUGCCCUGCAGAGUUCCUAAAGACACUCCCAGAUAUCACUUCUUCCUCUACAAACACUCCCACGAAGGAGACUACCUGGAAUCUGUCGUGUUCAUAUACUCCAUGCCAGGUUACAGCUGCAGCAUUAAGGAGCGGAUGUUGUAUUCCAGCUGCAAGAGUCGACUACUGGAGGAAGUGGAGAAGGAUUACCAUUUGGAAAUUUCUAAAAAGUUAGAGAUUGAUGACGGAGAUGAACUGACAGACGACUUCCUGUAUGACGAAGUCCAUCCGAAGCAGCAUGCUCACAAACAGGCCUUCGCUAAACCCCGCGGCCCGGCAGGAAAAAGAGGACACAAGCGUCUCAUUAAGGGGGCAGGAGAGACCAUACAGAGCAGCUAGAGACUUCUAACCAGUUUCUAGUCCAGUUCAGCCCGCCCCCCUUUCCCCAGACCCACUAACACCUCGUGAGGCCCAGAGGAUUGAGCACAAUAAUGGAUUUCCUCUGCUGUUUGUGUACCGAAACACUUGUAACUAAUAUGUUUUUAAUGAAUAUAUGAUGAUAAAUGAUCUGUCUCUCCCACAGCAAAUCAAGUCCCACGGGCAAAUCAUUUGAAGCCAUAACAUAUCUAUAAAAACAAUAAUAUCGUCAGUGUUUAUUGAUGACUUUGAGUCACACUGACACACAGAUAGAUGGCCUUGUUAUUGUUGUUAUUGAUAAGAUAAUCCGUCCUUAUCUUCCAUAUUGCAGUUUACGAUUUAAUACAGUUGUAAGAAUUGUAAAUGCUUUGUCAGGUGUCAUGUCUGGCCUUCAAUACAAGUUUUGUAUCAACAAUGUUUGUAAGACAAUAUAAAAGGAAAUUCCAAAUAA